AUGGUUGCUCUUCCCAAGCCCCCGAUCCCGUCAUUGGACCACACCCUCGAUCGCUAUAUCGAAUAUGCCGAGGUAGUCGCCGAAGGACGUCAUCAACCACUUCAGAGAACCCAAAGAGCCGUCUAUGAUUUCAGAAAAACUGGUCUCAUUUAUCAGCAAAGGUUGCUCCGACUGGCUGAGAGCGAGGAGAACUGGAUCAAUCAGUUUUGGCUUCCCGAGAUGUAUCUACGAAUCCGAUUACCAUUACCAGUGAACGUGAGCCCUGCAUAUAUUUUUCCACAGCAACGUUUUGAAGGAGAGGAUGAUUGGCUGAGGUACACAGCGCUUCUGAUCAGGGGAUUUGUGGAGUACAAAAACAAAAUUGACACAAAGCAGUUGGAACGGGAGAUUUCAACUGGAAAAGUCAAAGUCCAUAUGUGUAUGCAGCAGUAUGACAGAAUCUUGGGCUGUUAUAGGCAACCCGAAAUCGAUGAAGAUGUGCAUUUUUCAAAAUCGAGACGAAAUCAUGAAAAUGAGCACAUCCUUGUUAUGUCCCGAAAUCAGACCUUUGUAGUGCACACACGUACAGGUGGUAAUACCCUGUCGUUCGCCGAUAUUCUUCACCAACUACGACAAGUAUUGCGGAUGUCCGAAGCACGAAAAGGAUUAGCUGUAGCCAUUGGUGCUGCUGGAGCUGGUGAUCGGGAUAGAUCGGCACGUUUCUGGCAUGCCAUGCGAGAAGCACAGAACAAUGCGGAUUCACAGUCCUAUGAGAAAGGCCUUGUCGACCAGGGAAAGCAUAUUCUGACCGGUGGUGGAAGUCGUGGCCACGGUUUGAAUCGAUGGUACGACGCAACAAUUCAGCUUGUUGUCAGUAGCGGUGGAACAAAUGGUUUAUGCAUCGAACAUUCUGCUGCCGAAGGUAUAGUCAUCAUCAAAAUGGCUGAAAGUGCGCUCCGAUACGAACGUGAAAAUCGUAAACGAGUCAUGGUCAGUCGAGCCGAACGUGAGAUUAGUGCUAAACCUCUAACAUGGCAUAUAAGUGCCGAUGGCCUGGAGAUACUGCGGAAACAAGCAUCGGAGCUCGACGAACUCACAAAGGAAUUGGACCUGGAGGUACUGGUGUUCAAAGACUUCGGAAGAAAUUUCAUGAAGAAAUCCGGUUUCAGUCCUGAUGGCUUUGUUCAAUUGGCACUCCAGUUAGCACAUUAUAAGCUUCAUGGCUACCUCGUCUCUACCUAUGAAUCAGCAUCACUUCGACGAUUCCGUGCUGGCAGGGUAGACAACAUUCGAGCAAAUACGAGAGAAGCUUUACAGUGGGUAAAAGCAAUGACAAAAAAUGAAUCCAAGGAAACUAAAUUGGUCCUUAUGCGGCGAGCAGCUGAAAAACAGGCACUUAUAACACAAGAGAACCUUGUUGGACACGGUAUCGACAAUCAUCUUUGUGCUCUCCUUGUUUUGGCGAGACAAUCAGUGGAAAGCGGUGAAAUCGAGAAAUUGCCGGAUAUCUUCCAAGAUCCUCUUUGGGCGGAAGUGUUGCGAUUCCCAUUGUCUACUAGUCAGGUCACAACUUCCCCAGACAUUCCCGAUUGUUAUCUAUGCUAUGGGGCUGUGGUCCGGGAUGGAUACGGCUGCUCAUACAACCUCCAGAAUGACGUUAUUAUUCUUGCACCUUCUGCAUUCAAAUCGAAUCCUCGAACCAAUCUGGCCGCAUUCAAAGAUUCGUUACGAACAGCACUUUGUGACAUGAGAAGCCUCCUUAUUAGCUGA